AUGUGGAUUCUCGAGCAACUAGCGCGUCUUCUCGACCGGCCGCUCUUCCCGUGGAAGAAUGUCCUCGUAGGCUUCUCUUUGGGCCAGUUUGUCCUUGAAGGCCUUUUGUCUCUUCGACAGUACAAGGUGCUCCAAAAGACCAAAGCUCCCAAGGUUCUUGAGGGGGAGGUCACGCAGAAGGUCUUUGACCAAAGUCAGGCGUAUGGUCGCGCCAAAGCCAAGUUCGGCUUCGUUUCCGGUUUAUAUGGUCAGAUCCAAAAUGUUGUCUUUGUCUACGGCGAUGUGCUCCCCAAGCUCUGGGGGGUUGCAGGCCUCGCGCUGGCGCGGUACUUCCCCGACCGGUUCCAAGGCGAGAUUUCGCAAACGCUUCUCUUCAUCUUCGGGUUCAACAUUCUCAGCACGGUCCUCUCUCUUCCGGUCUCAUAUUACAACACAUUUGUGCUGGAAGAGAAGUUCGGUUUCAACAAGCAGACUGUCAAGCUCUGGGUGACGGACAUGCUCAAGGGCCAGAUGCUGGGUAUCGUUCUGGGCACUCCAAUCAUCAGCGCCGUACUGAAGAUUGUUCAGAAGACUGGAAACUCCUUUUUCUACUAUCUUUGGUUGUUCGGAAUCUUUGUUCAGGUCUUUGCCAUCACGAUCUAUCCCGUGGUCAUCCUGCCGCUCUUCAACAAGCUCUCUCCCCUGCAACCCGGUGAAAUCAAGACCGGAGUGGAAGCUCUCGCCAAGAAGCUGAAGUUCCCUCUCUCGGAAUUGCACGUUAUCGACGGUAGCAAGCGCAGCGCCCACAGCAAUGCCUAUUUCUACGGUCUGCCCUGGAAGAAGCACAUUGUCAUCUACGACACUUUGCUCGAGAAGAGUGAACCCCAGGAAGUGGUCGCUGUCCUCAGCCAUGAGCUCGGUCACUGGAAACUGAGCCACACUACCAAGCUCUUUGGUAUUGCUCAGUUCCACAUGUUCUACAUCUUCGCCUUGUUCUCCGUCUUCGUGAACAAUCGGUCCCUUUACCAAUCCUUCGGGUUUGUCAAAGAUCAGCCCAUCAUGAUCGGGUUCCUGCUCUUCUCGGAUGCUCUUGCUCCCAUGGAUGCCGUGGUGAAGCUCCUGAUGAACAUCCUGAGUCGCAAGUUUGAAUUUGAAGCAGAUGCCUUUGCCCAGGGUCUCGGAUUCUCCAACGAACUCGCCGCAUCGCUCAUGAAGCUGCAAAUCCAGAACCUCAGCACCAUGGACGCAGACUGGAUGUACGCUAGUUACCACUACUCUCACCCCAUUCUGACCGAGCGCCUCGCCGCUCUCGGCUGGAAGGGAGGUAAGGUUACCAGUGGAAAGGAGGAUGACCACGAGAAGCCAGUCAAAGCUACUGAUCGCGAGCUGUGA